AUGGUUUUUGCCCUGGUGAAACUCGGCUACCCAAAUAUUCCCUUGUAUGUAGCUGAGACCGGUUGGCCAAGUGGAGAGCGACACUUCGGGUUGUUGUACCCUAAUGAGAGUCAUAUUUAUGAUAUCGAUUUGUCGGAAACGUCACCCGAUUGGACCUACGACCCCUUGCCCAAGCCCACAAACAAUGAGCCUUACAAAGUCCAAGCUAAAAUCGGAGUAUGCUAUGGCCAACUGGGAAACAACCUCCCAACUCCAUCAACAUCAGUUCAAUACCUCCAAAACAAGCUCAAAGCCCCCAAUGUCAAGAUCUAUGAUGCAACCCCGAGCAUUCUCAAUGCCCUCAAAGGUACCAAUCUAACUAUCACUAUUAUGGUCCCCAAUGAAAAACUUGGCGACAUUUCCUCCGAUCAACACAUUUCCGACCAAUGGGUCAAAACCAAUGUACUUCCCUUUUAUCCUCAGACCAAAAUCACCGUUAUCCUAGUCGGAAACGAGAUUUUGAGUCCGUGGAACAAUCAAUACAAGUUUUACCUUGUCCCCGCCAUGAACAAAAUUUACCAAUCCCUCAAAACCUUUGGCCUCCACAAUGCUAUUAAAGUUGGCACUCCAAUUGCUUUUGAUGCCUUGGAAUCCUCAGUUUUUAGGCCUUCCAAUGGUACAUUCAGGUCCGACAUUUCCAUCAAAUUCAUGAAGCCAAUGCUACAUUUCUUGAACUCCACCAAAUCUUACUUUUUUGUUGAUUUGUAUCCUUAUUUCGAGUGGGUUGAUAAGCCAAAAAAAAUUAGCCUUAACUAUGCUUUGUUGUCAGCCAAAAACACUUCUUUUAAGGAUCCGGUUUCAGGUUUGGUCUACCAUAAUUUGUUGGAUCAAAUGCUCGAUUCCAUGGUUUUCGCCAUGACAAAACUCGGCUACCCAAAUAUUCCGUUGUACAUAGCGGAAACCGGUUGGCCUAGUGACGGUGAUUAUGAUCAAAUCGGAGCUAACAUAUACAAUGCGGCCACGUAUAACCGGAAUAUAGUGAAAAAAUUCACGGCAAAGCCUCCGGUGGGAACACCGGCCAGGCCGGGGGAAGCCAUCGACGUGAACAUCUUCGCUUUGUACAACGAAAAUCAGAAAUGGGGCCCAACAACGGAGCGGCAUUUCGGGUUGUUGUACCCUAGCGGGGACAAUGUUUAUGGUAUAGAUUUGUCCGGGAAGACAUCGCUCUGGACUUAUAAGCCCUUGCCUAAGCCUACUAACAAUCAGCCUUAUAAAGGUAAGAUUUGGUGUGUGGUAUCUGAAGGUGCAAAUUUGAGGGAAUUAAGGAGGGCUAUGGACUCCAUUUGUGGAGAUGACAAGAAGAUUUGUGCAGCCAUUAAGCCUGGUGGAAUAUGUUAUAAGCCCAACAGAUUCCUUCUACAUGCAAGUUACGUGUUUAGUUCUUAUUGGGCUAAAAAUAGGAACAAUGGGACAUAUUGCUUUUUCAAUGGUCUUGCUGCUCAAACUAUCAAAGAUCCGAGUUACAACAUGUCUUGCCAGUUUCCGAGUGUUAGACUUUAG